CUCUCUGAGGGGAGGUGUUUUACGCUGAGUUGCAACAUGCAAUCAUCCAACCAAAAUGUGUUUAGGGCCCUCAUGGCUAGAGCCCGCCCUGCACACAAGGCUAUAGAGACAGUAAUGAUUCGUUAAAUCACUCUAAAAUCAAACAAACACAGCACAUGACAGAUGUCACAGCUCAAACAUGAGUUCCCUGGAUAAUCAGAUGGGUGCUAACAGCAAUGACCUGAGACUGGUGUUGGUCGGCCUGAGUGGAGUGGGGAAGAGUGCAGCUGGGAACACCAUUCUGGGCCAAAAGGUGUUUGAUUCCAGAAUCAGUUUCAAAACAGUAACACUGAAGAGUGAGAGACAAGAAGGAGAGGUGUGUGGGAAGAGAGUGAUAGUAGUGGACACUCCAGGUCUGUCCAACAGUGAUCUCUCUGAGGAGGAAGUGAGAGGGGAGAUGAACAGGGCCGUGACUCUGUGUGAACCAGGUCCCCAUGCCUUCCUCCUGGUCAUUCAGCUGGGUCGCUUCACAGAACAAGAGAAGAGCGUAAUGGAGACACUCACAGAGCUUUUAUCUGCCAACAUAGAUGGAGACACGAUGGUGCUCUUCACUUAUGGGGAGAGACUGGAAGACACAACUAUAGAUCAGUUCAUCUGCGAGGAUAGCAAUCUGAAGAAGCUGGUUAAGAAAUGCAGGGGUGGAUACCACGUGUUCAAAAACAAUGACACCAGCAACAACAAUCAGGUUAGAGAGCUUUUAGAAAAAAUAGAAACCAGACUACAGAAAAAGCAGAAAAGCUGGUCAUGGUACUGGAAAGGGGCAGCUGGUUGCUUUAUCGUCAUUGCAGCAGUGAUGAUAGUAAAAGUGUUGUUAAAAAGGUUACGAACACGUCCCCCACACAUCCCUCCUGUCUCUGCCACCUGUCCUGUCCCUGACAUAGUUCCUUCUGUCCCUGACAUGGUCCCUCCUGUCCCUGACAUGGUCUCUUCUGUCCCUGACAUGAUCCCUCCUGUCCCUGACAUGGUCUCUUCUGUCCCUGACAUGAUCCCUCCUGUCCCUGACAUGAUCCCUCCUGUCCCUGACAUGGUCUCUUCUGUCCCUGACAUGGUCUCUUCUGUCCCUGACAUAGACUCUUCUGUCCCUGACAUGGUCCCUUCUGUCCCUGACAUGGUCUCUUCUGUCGCUGACAUCGUCCCUCCUGUCCCUGACAUGAUCCCUCCUGUCCCUGACACCUGUCCUGUCCCUGACAUGGUCCCUCAUGUCCCUGACAUAGUCUCUUCUGUUCCUGACAUGGACCCUCCUGUCCCUGCCACUGUCCCCCCUGUUCGUGAGUCAAUUUGGGAAAUGGUGAAGUCAAACAACAACAUUAUUUUCACAGCGGGAGUAGGACUGACUCUAUUGGUCAUCAUAAGAAAAAUAAUGAGGAAAUAAUGAGAGGUUGGUUGGAUGAGACAUCAUUUCCACAUCCGUGAGUGCCAAAUUAAACGAAUGCUACAAUUAUACACCCGUUAACUCUUUUUGAAAUUUUAGAACAUUUCUUAUUGAAUGUUAAGAGAAUGGGUGACAGGUUGUAUUUGAAGAAUCAUAAUAAAAUAUAAACAUGUGAAAACUGAUUUAGAAAGACUG